UCUUCUCUCCACUCGUACUCUAUGCAUAUGCGUUGCUCGUUAACGGAGCGGAAGAAAUAGGAAGGAAUCAGAAAUCAACAGAAGGAACGGAGCAGGGAACGAGUUGCUGGAAAGGGGAAGGGCCACGGGGACCACGAAAAUGGCCGAGGAAAGUAAGAGCUGGAUUUUAACUCCUCGUACUCUGUACGAGUUGGGAAUCGAAGCAGUGGUUGACAAUUUCCAUCGUGUAAAGGAAUGUUGGACUCGCCUCCCCGACAGUGUGCUCUUCGAUGUGCUCUCCAAGCUGCACGCUUGGAGAGAAUUUAAACUUCUUGGAAAUGCACUAAGCAAUUUUGAGAUGUUCUCCAAAUUACUAAAGGUGUCGGACCAGCGAGUGCGUCUCUUGGUGCUUUUCCAGACGGUCCUGGUCGAUGGAAUGGAGAUCAACAAGGAACUGGAGGUUGGUUACGGAUCGUAUUGCUUCAUGGUCGAGAUUAAUCCUUCGAUUCGAGACAAGGUGAUAAAUCUUGGCUUGAAACUAGGCAAAUUCUUGAGCGACGCUGGUUGUUACGUGGAAAGCGAAUCGGUAUUACUCAACUGCAAGGAUCUUUGUAUGGCAGAGGCUCACACUCCACAAGAUUGGUGCCGAGUAUUGGAUUGUUGCCACAAAUUGUUGCACACGCAGUCGGCGUACUGUGAACUGGAUCGGGCAGCCGAAACGUACAAGCUCGCACUCCUGAUGAUAUCGAGGUUGACGAACGAAGGGUACACCGACGUCAACCAUGCUGGGCUUUACACCGAAUUUAGCGUUCUGUUCUUCAUCAGAAGUGAAUUCAAUGAGGCGUACAAGUGGAGCGUCGAAGCUAUGAAACAUCUCAAGCCGACUCUGCCAGCAAACAUCAUAGUCGAUGUUUUUCGUCAGGCUGGGAAAGCUUGCAUCGUUAAACGAGAAUUUCAAAGAGCAGGGUUACUAAUUCAACAGGCUUCGUAUCUUGCUAGGCAAGUCUUUGGACCCCACCAUCUCAAAUACAGCGAUGCCCUCGUCGACUACGGGUUUUACUUAUUGAACUAUGACAGCUUCGUGGACAGCGUUUCGGUAUACGAGGAAGCUUUGCAGAUCAGGAGAAAAAUAUUCGGCAGACUCAGUCUUCACAUUGCUACCGUGCACGAAGAAUUGGCUUACGCCCUUUACGUCCAAGACUACGUUACCGGUAAAUUCCAAGAAGCCAGACUUCACGCGGAGAUAGCCAUCAAGAUCAUGGAGAUGCUGCUGCCGAACAACCACUUCCUCCUGGCCAGUGCAAAGAGAAUAAAGGCUCUGAUCCUCGAGGAGAUCGCUUUGGAUACCGGGGCCACUCCGAUGUCCGGACAGAACUUGCUGCUCGAAGCCGAGUCGCUGCAUCUGUCGGCUUUGAAAUUAACCGAAUCCGUCUUCGGCAAGGAGAACGUCCUGACCGCGAAGCACUACGGCAAUUUGGGUCGUCUCUACCAGAGCAUGCAAAGAUACAAGCAAGCGGAAGAGAUGCACUUGACGGCAAUUAACAUAAAGGAGGCCCUUUUAGGUCCGGACGACUUGGAAGUGGGUCUGAGCAUAGGUCACCUCGCCUCGCUCUACACCUAUCACCUGGAUCGACACCUGUGUGCCGAGAAGCUGUACUUCCGCAGCAUAGAAAUCAAUAUUAGGUUGUUCGGAGAGAGCUACAGCGGACUGGAGUACGACUACCAGGGAUUGCUGCGCGUGUACACGGUGUUGCAUCGAACCGACAAGCAGAUGGAGUACACGGAGAUCCUCAACCGUUGGCGCAGGCUCAGGGAAAAUCGCAUCCUCCUGGAGGAUCACGAGCUGGACUUGGAGAAGGACCCUGACCCCGUCGACGCGGUCAUCCAGAAGUUCUUCAACAUGUAACGCAGCGGUAGUGUUGGACGUUGGGUCGCGAAAGGAUAUUCAGGGAGCACUCGGAGCGAUCUCCGGGAGCUUUCAUUGUACAUACGAAGAACGUUUGCCGGGCCUUGGCUACCAGAGUGGACUCGGAUUCUCUCUCUCCGAAGGAUGUACUCCGACGAAGUGUGUGAGAAAAUGUUCACGAUUGAGGGAUUCACUCGGAUCCGAGCAAUACUCGACUCGAGCGGGUUUAAGAUAAGAGAGUCAUCGCGCGAUACGAAAUUUUGUCCUUUGCACACAGUGUACUUGUUAUUUCGUACGGAAUCCGUUCGACCGCUACGAGGCAUUUUUCUUACGCGUUCGCAUCGCGUCUUGGAAAAGUGCCACUCCGAAAAGGGAAAAGGGUAAAAAUCGUGGUCGAAGUUACGGAAUCCGCGUAGCUGUGAAUCUCGGCAAAUGAACAGCGCGUGUUCCGUAAUUUUUUAAGGUUUAUGUUUGUAAAAAGCGAAAUAAAUACUUCAAAAAUGA